GCGGUGGCCGCUGGAGAGGCGAGGGAGCGGGUGUCUGGUGGCCGGGCCGGGCGGUGGGUGGCUGGGGCAGUGGAGUCGGAGCGUGUGCUGGUCGGUGACGCUGGUGGAUAACCGGAGACGGUGAGGGACGCUGGUGGAUAACCGGAGACGGUGAGGGACGCUGGUGGAUAACCGGAGACGGUGAGGGACGCUGGUGGAUAACGGGAUACGGUGUGGGACGCUGGUGGAUAACGGGAGACGGUGAGGGACGCUGGUGGAUAACGGAAUACGUUGAGGGACGCCGGUGGAUAACGGGAGACGGUGAUGGACGCUGGUGGAUAACGGAAGACGGUGAGGGAUGCUGGAUAACUCGACGACAUGCUUCGAUCGCCAUCGGUGGUGGACGAGAGCGGCCAUCGGUGGUGGACGAGGGACGCCAUCGGUGGUGGACGAGGGAAGCCAUCGGUGGUGGACCGCCAUCGUCACCGCCGUGCUGACUGUACCAGAACAACAGCGGCGGACCGAGACAGCAGAGCGGCACCGGGCGGCCACUUCACAACGGGCGCGUAUUCGUGUGGUUCAACUUCAGACUCAGUGGACCACCGUCCUCCGUCCGCCCGGUCCCAGUACUGAUGGGCUUCGGACUACAGGACUACCGGCCCUCAGACUACAGGACUACCGUCCAUCGGACUACAGGACUACACCGGCCCUCGGACUACAGGACUACCGGCCCUCGGACUACAGAACUGCGGGGUCUUCGGACUACAGGACUACACCGGCCCUCGGACUACAGGACAACCGGCCCUCGGACUACAGGACUACUGGCCCUCGGGCUACAGGACUACACCGGCCCUCGGACUACAGUACUACCAGCCCUCUGGACUACAGGACUACACCGGUCCCCGCACUACAGUACUACCGGCUCUCGGACUACAGCACCAUCAGUGUUACGGUGGCUAACACGAAAAUGGGAAAUCAACGAUCUCCUUGGAACACAAGGCGGAGGUGGCGCGCCCUCUGGUACCGUCCAGAGCGCGGAUCGACCCACUGAACAAGGUGGAGCGCUCGCCGCUGCAGAUGGCGCCACCGGGGCUGGCGAGCGACCUCCAGCAGCUGGCGCCGCCCUGGGUGGUGUUCGCCGCUGGCACAGAUGGCAGCACCGUCGACUUAUCCCCGGGUUCAGUGCAUCUCAAUCUCAAGCCGCUGAGCCGCCGCCUAUUUCAUCCCAUCAACAUAGUUCGUACUUCGCAGUGCCCUCUGUGAAACUCCCUUGGUAUAGAUGGCACCACCGUCGACUGGGUGCCGAUGCCUGCGUGACUCGUGUUGACCUGCCGCGUUCUCUGAAUCUGAGGCCUCAGCUCGCCUAGUGGGUGGUGUUUAUCUGCUAUAAGGGCUUAUAGUAUUAUGUUAUUAUGUCCGCUUACAAACCCCGUCGUGGCGGAAACUCUCGCGUAUCGAUGUACUCGCGUCCCGAUAUCGUUGCCACGUCUACCCAUGGCAAGGCCGGUUGUCCCAACCGGUGCAUGUGUUGCCUGCAUUUUGUGUGUACGACACGUGCGUUGACUGUAUAGCCGUACCUCGCCGACUGUUGUUGAAAUGUUAUGUUGAAAGUGUCGUGCAUGGUAUGCUGGAGUGUGCUUCUUUAGUUACCGUCCGCCGCUCAUCGAUUUGAUUCGUUUGGUCGGAUGUUGGACUCUUGCUGCCGCGUGUGGGCACCGCAUGGCUGCCGCCUUUUCACUGUCAUCACCGUGUCGUUAUCUACGCGAACGUUGAGAGCUUCACGUUGAUGUGAUGCGCGUCGUUGUUCGUUGUUUGACUUUCGACCAUUGUUAGUCAGGAUGUAGAGUCAGGUUCUUUGUGACUCGGAGCCGGGUGCCCCUGAGGUUUCCGGUGUAUGCAUGCCACCUAUCAAUGUUUGGCGCCGAAGAACUGCGAUAGAAGAAUGAAUGUCGUUAAGAAAGCCUCUUUAUAGGAUUGAUUUGAUGUGCGGGUGUUCAGCUACUCAGCCCUGCCCUUGGACCUGCCAGCAGGCAAUUGGUACGUGGAUUGUCGGGUGUUAUGGCAAAUAAAUUGCUGAAAACCA